CCUAAUGCACGUACACACGCCCGUCCCGAGGGCUGCGAAGUGGGGCGAUAGCCCCGAUGCGGAGGGCGGAGGGCGUGCGCUUCGUUUCCAUCGAGAUCGUGAAAGUUCACGGCACCGAGUGGCGAGUGGCACAGAGACAGUGCCUGCGAACAGCGAAUAUGCUGAUCCCGCGGCCGGUAGAAAUCGAGCGGUACGUCCUACGUCGAUCGAUCAUACGCUGAUUAACGGGCACUUGGACGUCCGACCGAGAGUCGACGCGUUACCGGGACAUCACCACUCGAGAGACACCCUAGACGAGGAGGCCAGUGUCAUCGACGUCGUCGUCGACGUUCCGGCUCGAGAGGACACCUCGCUUGGCACGUUGCCCGCUUCCUGCUUCUCUCGCUUGCCAAAGGAUCGAAUCCCUGGCCGCCGACGAACUCUGAACUCCGUGAACCGAAAGGACGAAAUUGACCGAAGGGAGCUAGAAGGGAGCGCGGAGGUACCCCGGCUGGCGGGGCUCAACGUCGACGAGACGGCAGAUGUCAGGAUGCCGGAGCAGAGCAACGACUAUCGCGUGGUGGUGUUUGGAGCGGGCGGUGUCGGCAAAAGCUCCCUUGUGCUACGUUUCGUGAAAGGAACGUUUCGCGAAUCCUACAUACCCACUGUCGAGGACACCUACAGGCAGGUGAUAAGCUGCAAUAAGAACAUAUGCACGCUUCAAAUUACGGACACAACGGGGUCUCAUCAGUUUCCCGCGAUGCAGCGGUUGUCCAUAAGCAAAGGUCACGCCUUCAUUCUGGUCUACUCGGUGUGCUCGCGGCAGAGCCUCGAGGAGCUACGACCGAUCUGGGCGAUUAUCAGGGAGCUGAAGGGGCAGGAGAUAUCGCAGAUACCGAUAAUGCUGGUCGGCAACAAAUGCGACGAGAGCCCGUCGGUGCGCGAAGUGUCGAUGAGCGAGGGGGCAGCGGAAGCCGCGAACUGGGGCUGCGGCUUUCUGGAGACGUCCGCCAAGACAAAUCACAACGUGAACGCCCUGUUCCGGGACCUGUUGAUGCUCGAGAAGAAUCGGUCGGUGUCGCUGCAACCGGUGCAGAGCAACAACUCGAUCAGCCUCAAGGAGAAAUGCUCCGUGAUGUAACCGACGCGGCGUAAGCAGCGAGAGUCGGAAGGACGACGAGGGCGACCGCGUCUCGCGUCCGAUCCGGAACGGCGUCGGCCACGCUAGUCUCGUUCGCGAGACUCGUAGUACGCUCUUUGCACGGUCGCGAGCAAACAGACGUUCGAAGAUCGGUCGACCACCGCGUGGACGGCCUCGUAGCGAUCGCGACUCGGGUCACCGGGGUCGCUCCGUAGUCUCAUUCCGACCGAACGUAAUCUAUACUCGUCGAUAGAUUUUUUAAUUUUGAUACAGAGCGACGUACUCGGUCCGCUUCCUAGGUUUCACGAGACCAACGACGCGCGUUCUUCAUUCUGUACCGCUCGGUAUCGGAUCAUCGCACACGCAUUCACGUAUCAUGUCCCGACGACCAUCCAUGUUCGGCCGUACCGAGCUUACCUACUUAUACGCGUAUCAGGGAGGGACGCGAUCGUUCCGACCGAUCGAGACCAAGCGAGCAAAGAGAGACGAAACGACUCGAACGAGACCCAUCGUCUCUUUCGUGACCGACCAAACGUACGAAUUUUCCUCGAAAGAGCUCGUCGGUCCGCACCGCAUCGUCGACGUUUCACGUACGACGGAGAAGCGACCGUUUCGCGGGGAUCACUUUGAAACGCUGUACGAGACCGCUAGGAAACGAUCCGGGCUCUCUUCGGGAUCGACGUCGCGCGAGGGACGAGAAGAGGAGCGCGAGAGCGAUUUACUCGGACGAGAAACGACGAAACUAGGUAGAAAUGUUGUUACGAGAUUGGUUUUUGUUGAAUAGUUGUAAGGUUUUUGUAACGACGCCAAUUAGGAUUUAUUACUCGACGCUGAACGACACGGAUACUCGUCUCGCCGAGUACCGAGGGACACGUCACACACGUAUCUAGGCAUCGGCUUGCACACACACACGCGCGCACACCAACACGAGUUCAUUAGGCACCAACCGUUUCUCGCGUUGACCCAGAUUUUUAGUGUUUCCCUUCUACGUCGCGCACGUACACGCGCGUACACGCGACCACGUCGGUGUUGGCGAGUCGUUCGUCGAACGAACUCGCGUUCACCGAGGGACCCUCGACUUUCGUAGUUCGGGGGAGCCAUUACCCAAAUGCGUUGCGUCUCUCGCGAACGCAUCGGACCUCGGUCCGAUUCGGACGAAGGCGUCUGCCCGGACCGUCGCGCCUCGCGACUUUCUUCUACUGUUCGUCCCACGUCUUUGUACACCCCCGUCGUCCGUCGAACGGACUCUCGGAUCGUCUCGUUCCAUCGUGCCGUUCUUUCGACACGUCCCGCUGGCGAGUCUGACGAACGGGGGUCUACGCGUUAUUCGCUCCGCAAUGUUCUCAUUGUAUCUCCGAUCACUAUCGACGAAUCACGAUUCCAGCGUACGUACGUCGCGCGUACAUAUCAUAAGUUAUAUUUGGACGCCGCAAGGUCCAACGGAAUAGGUGGUCAAAGGCGAUUUCGUGAGAUGCGACCCUCGCGAGCCGAGAGACGAGAGAAAGAGGGCGGUGAGAAAAACUCGAUGAAUCGACGAUUCUAUGAUUUUUCCGGGGCCAAUCGGUGAGACACGUAGAGAUUGUAAGCUUGUUCCGCGCGCGAUUCUGUCCGACAAUUUACGAUCGUUUCGAUACGUUUUUUAUCUUUCCCGAACGUCCUAGUCUCUUUCUGCACGGACACUCAACGGGACUCGUUCAGCUUCCUUUUUUAUACUUAUCGUUAGCAUCGAUCCGCGACAUUUCUACGAUCAAUUCUGAGGUACGCGCGAUCAGCAAAAAAAAAAUGAAAAUACUGAUCGGUAUCGAAGAGCGCGCGAUUGUUUUACGUAAAUUCGAUUGAUCGCAGGUCACGCGUACUUAUAGGCGUACGAUGCUGUACGCGCAUCGAUCGUUUGUCGUACGAUUUCCGGGUCACGUACGACCACGAAGCGUACCAAUCGUGACGGAUCUCGUGCGUACGACGUUACGCUUUACUCUUUACUUACCCCCCGGUGUUCGUACCUUAGGUAGGCCGAGGCAGGUUGUUAUUCGAAGGCGAAAGUCGAACCGCGGCGCGGCGGAUUCGCGUAGACAAGGACAACUAUUUAUAACAGAUGCAUUCGUCAUAGAGAUUUAUGUAUAGGAGAAUUAGAGACGUACGCGUAAGAGAUGAGCGAGUUUCGGAGCGGCUGGAAUGCUCGUUUCAAUUUUUUUUAAUACCGACCGAAUAGAGAAGAGACUGCAAGCGGGAGAGCGAACGCGGGGUUAAAUUAACGAAACGUGUUUAAAGAUAUAAGGAACGUAGAUAGAGUACAGUAAUUGAGAAGAUUAUCUCUAAUAACGACAGUUCGAAUAGACGUGUACGAAUACCGCGCAUCGCGUCGAGCUUUCCCAAUUUUUCUUCGUCGUGUUCUUUCAUCGAUUAGAUUAAUGUAAUUAGGCCUUAAGGACGCGCGGUGUUCAUCGUGUGUUCCUUUCGCUCGUCCGGAGCGAAUCGUCCGGAGAUUCCGCGAGAAUCGAGUGAUCGGAUCGAUGGAUUCGUCUUCGAAUAACGAACUCCACGAUCGGAAUGGGAAAAGAUCGUCCGUGCCAAAUUCCAAACGAAACGCGUUGCCCGCUGUUUAGAUUUUAAGCAUCGCCGAUCGAGUGACGCGAUCGAUUCGCCGACGAGAAAAGAGGACACGAACGAUGCAACGAGGGAAAGGAUGGUUCUCCGUUUCGCAGGUGAAGAUCCAACGCGCAAGGAGGAAGAAGAAGAAGAAGAAGAAGAAGAAGAAGAAGAAGAACGGCCGGGUCGAAGGUGGGAACUUUUCAACGAUCAACGAACCUGACGAGAAUCGAAUAGAAUCUCAUGGCACCCACGUGUCUAUGCAAACGAACAAACGGAUUCCCACUUUCGAUUGGACGCGGAGUCGACGAAAACGAAAGAAUCACAUAUCAUGGUUGCGCGAUUCGCGCUGUAUACUGUACACUUAAAUACGUAUGUACCUACUCGCGGGAGUGCGUUCAGAGGCCGGCACAAAAAACGUUCGAUGUAGAAUCCGCGACGCGACCGAUUCGUGUCGGUUUCUCGACGCGGUGACAUCGGUACGAUGCCUACAGAUCCGACUCGGAUCGGUUCGGUUGCGGACGGUGCGCCGCGGAUCCAGUCUGACGCGACGCGUUACCGAGGUUCACAUCAUUAUUAUCCACACUCGAACACCGUUAACCGACCGUUCGACUACGAAUCUGUAUCGACGAAGAAAACUGAUUAAAAGGUGCGAAUUAUACAGUCUUAA